CGGACUGGUGCAAAUUUUCUCUUUAUCAGGAUGGACUUUGAUAUUGUACUAUUUAUUAUAUAUGCUAAGGCAGACACUGAAAUAGGUUAUUCAUUUAUCUUCAUAUUUCUGUUCAUCAAAGUUUGUCUUCGAUUUAAACCAGAAGAAAUGGCAUCCCUGAAUUCGAAUGAUGAAAAGACGUCUUUAAUACAGGACUCUGAUGAACUUGUAGAAAUGUAUUGUGAACAUUGUGAAAAAGAUGAAAAUAAAUAUGUUCCUGCAGAAGGAUUUUGUGUAGAAUGCGUGGAAUAUAUGUGUGCCAUGUGUAUAAAGUUCCAUAAACGAUACGUUAAGGACCAUUCUAUUCAGGACAAAGACAGCAUGCCACAAGAUUUCUGCUUGGAUAAAUGCUCCAUUCAUACAAAUCAGCUUAUUAAAUUUUACUGCAAUGGCUGUCAGAAAAUAGCUUGUUCAGAUUGCAAGUCAGUUGAUCACAAGAACUGUACCAAUGUUAACCAUUUACCAGCCAUGGUUGAAGGAAUUGAAAAGAGCAAAGAACUUUCUGAUCUGAUUGAAAACAUGGACAGUUUGUCUGAGCAACCUGGUGAAAUUGAAAAUCAGAUCAAUUCAAAAAUUCAAAGUCUUUCUCUACAAGAAACACAGGCAGUUUCAACAAUAACUAAACACAAAGAGGAAUUAUUCCCGGCAUACAAGAAACAUCAGCAAGAAAAUCUUGACAGCUUUGAUACAAAAAUGGUAGAAACAAUAGCAAGACUUAAGAAAGAAAGACAAGACUUGGUUGAAAAACUAGCAGUAGAAGUGAAGACAUUAGAGGAGAAAUUUAAUGAUGAAGAAACAGAAAUUAUGAGAAAGGUUCAAAAUGUAACAAUUGCUGAUAAAAAAGUACUAAACUCACUCAGAGAUAGAAAUUUGCGGAUAAAAACAGAUAUUGAGGCAUUGUCAUUUGACAUGAAAAAACAACAAAAUAUAGGACAAAGGUGUAAUAUAUUUAUAACAAUGAAACAUACCCAGAAAAAUAUUGAAAAGUUUAAACUUGACGCAUUGAAGGUAAAUGAAGAAAUUGAAAUACAUUUUCAUGUGUGCAGUGUUAAGCCAAAAUUAAAAUCAUGGUACAGGAACAAUCUUGAGGACAAUAUCUUCUCCUUUCAAAAACUGCCUUCAUCAAACAGGAAGAGAAUUGUUUCAUAUUAUUCUGACAUUGAAGUCAAGUUAGUUGAAUGGUCAGGUUUAUGCUGCCUGUCUGACACAACACUUCUGGUUGCUGACUUUGGUGGUAAAUGUCUCUUUGUUUUUUACAACAUGAAGAGAAGCUCUAAAAGCAAUACCCAAGUAAAAUUGUCUUCCGGUCCAUGGGACAUCACAAAAGUUGAGGACAAUAAAGUUGCUGUUACAUUUCCUAAUGAAAGAAUUGUCAGGUUGAUAACAUUUUCUGAGACCAUGACAGUGACCAAUACUGAUGUUAUAAAAGUAGGAGCAGACUGUUGCGGUAUUGCCUGUAGUAAUAACAAUCUCAUUGUAUCCUAUGACAGACCAGCAAAAGUUCAGAUACUUGAUAUGUCUGGUCAUGUACUUAAAACUUUUGUUAAAGAUUCCAAAGGAAAGCCUCUGUUUAGUAAUCCUCUCUACUUGGCAGUUAGUCCUGACAAUACAACCAUAUAUGUGUCUGACUGGGACAGAGACACAGUGACAAGUCUGACCUUUGAUGGUAAGGUCAAGGCAAUCUACAAGGAUGAUCAACUGUCUGAACCAUGUCAACUAACAGUGGAUGAGUCAGGGACAGUAUACGUGUGUUGGGCUGAGUCAAACAAUGUUCAUCAACUAUCAUCUGACCUCACCAAAGUGAAGAUCCUUCUGAAUGAAAGUCACGGUAUAAACAUCCCAUUGAGUGUUGCAUACUGCCAGAACAACAACAGACUAUAUGUUGGGAUGUUCAACAACAAAAACAUCAAAGUUUUCAAUUUAUCACUGGAGUAAAUAAGACAACUAGAUUAUUCCUGUAAUAACAUGAACAUUAUCAUCCCUGCAUUCACUCAUUGUUUUCAACAGUUUAAUGACUUUGAGUAAAUAUUCUUUUUCUUUUCCAGCAGCUUAUA